ACUUGUUUAAGCUUAGUUCGUAACCUCGGGGGUUUUGUUCGAACUUGUGAUCUUCUGCUGAGAACGAUUGUUGCUGAGAUUUGUUCGAGAGGAGACCGAUUUCUGCUUACUGGUCUUGUUCCGUUGUUUUCAGGAGUUGAUUUGAUGGCUUCUAGCUCAAGAAAUUUGCCCGAAGGAGAAAGAACAAUCAAUCUAGACACUCAAUCAUUAUUAUCGCAACUAGACUCUACCACUCAACAACCUAAGAAAAAAAGACAAGGUCCUUUUCGAGGUCCAAGUAGAGCACUUAAAUAUAAAAAACUGAGAAGUACCGAACCAGGAAAGGUUAAGGUUCAUAUUCCAUCCUCAUUGGGAGCUGCUGUGGGUAAGAAUGCAAACCAAUUUGUGGGUGAAUGUGCUGAUUGGGUGAAGGAAAUAUGCCCUCUUAAUGUUCAAAGCUGGAAUGAUAUGCCUGAAGACGCAAUAGAUCGGUUGUAUAGUAGGAUUCAUGCAAAGUUUGACUUCGGUGAAGGUGCACACAUUCCAAAAGCGAUACACAUUCAGUGCUCUAACCUUUAUAGGCAUUGGAGAGAAAGGUUGAAGGCUGACCAUUUUACAAAGUGCAAAACUUUGAAAGAAGCAGAACGUGCUUGUCCAGCAACUAUAGACCUUACCCAAUGGAGGUGGCUUAUAUAUAAUUAUUGGGGCAAUCCUAAACAGAGGGAAAAGAGUGAAAAGAAUCGGGCGAAUGCUCUUUCAAAGAAGAUCAAGUCCGCAUGUGGUGCCAAAUCAACCGCUAGGAUAAUUUAUGAAUUGGAACUUGAGGCAGAAAAUGAGCAGGAGGUCAAUGAAGAUGAGCAGGAGGUCAAUGAAACUAAUGGUGAUCCUAUAUAUUUGAAGCUAUGGGAAAAGUCAAAGAGGCAUAAAAAUGGGAAGUUUGACGAUGAGGCCGAAAUCAAGUACAAGGCAUUUAAAGAGUUACAUGAAAAAGAAGUCAGAGAGAAAGGAGCUGACAAUCUUAUUUUGGAUAUUGCCUACAAAGAAGUGCUUGGGUAUCGUUCGGGUUAUGCACGUGGGUUAGGUAAAGGUCACCCUGUGUUAUCCAAGGAUGGGAAGAAAGGAAGAGCAGAGCUAGAAGCUAAUGUGGAGCAUCUGCAGAAUGAUGAUCAGAGCAGAAUUUGAGUCUCAUAAACUGGAGGCUAAGAAGAAACAGCAAGAAUUAGAACAAAAGCUUCAGUUAAUCAUGGACAAGAUUGGCUUGACAUAAAUAAGGUAAGUUUUAAUAUUAAAGUGAAAUUAUUUUGAAUAUAAACUCAUGGGAAAGGGGGGGGGGGUAAAUGCAAUCAUUUUAUGGGGAGAUGCUGCCGAAAUUAGGAUGUGGGUGUUGUGUUGGGGCGGCUGAUUGCAGGAAGUCAGGGAGGGUAGGUAGUUUUGCAGUUACAGUUAGAUGUGUGGUGUUUGUUGGUUCUUUGUGGCAGUGUGUUGCAGUUACAGUGACUUGGUAUUUUGAAACAAAAGGAAAAGUUACGUACAUCGGUAUCAUAUAUUUAUAAUCCGUACAUACUAAUUGUGUUGCAGUGUGUUGCAGUUGCAGUUACAGUGACUUGGGUUUUUUGUUUGUCCAUCUCACUUGAAUUAGAACCAAAUUCAGCAUUGGAUUUUGAAUUAGAAUUUUCACCAAUUGUGUUGUCACUCUAAUUGUGGGUGUGUGGUGUUCUUGAACAAAGAGCUAAAAUUAGUGAAGGGUAUUUCUGGGUUUUGACAAUAUUGGGAUAUGCAAUAAGAAAGUUGAGAUUUUUGGUUGAAAAUGGAGGAUUAUAGUUUAUUGAAUUGCUGGUUUUGGGGAAGUUGGUGGAUUUCAUGCUGGUCAAUAGCCAAUCUUAUGGUACCUCGAGCUUUGGCAUUUCAGGCAAUGUAGGCUUAGGGAUUUCUGGUAUGGUAGGCAUAAAGUUAUAUGUGUGGUGAUGUACAUAUAUUAUCAAGUUAGCUAAUUUUGUUUCUGUAAAGAAGCCUGAUAGUCCAGCACACUCUAUUCUCUAAUGCCAACUCUUGGUUGUUGUCUUUUAUGACAGAUAGGUAUUUCCCUAGUUAAAUUAGUCUUAGUUAUUAGCUAAUUUGAGAAGUUCUAAUUUCUCUAUAUUUUGCUUACAGGAAAUAUGAUUUUUUUGGCCUUGACGAGUUUGCUGAUCGGUACAUCUUCUUUCGGAGUCCAUCUUUUGUUGCAUGAGAAGUUGGUUUUCCUGCUAACUUCACAUACUCAGUUAUGCUUAGGAGCUUUAUGAAGUUGUAAGAACUAUUUUGUAAUUAGGAUGUAAAGUCAUUGCUUGCUGCAGUCAGGAAAUUCAUCUUUUUGGAGGCUGUAAAAGAAACUUUCGAAAGCAAUGUGCAAUAUUUGAAAUAGUUUAUGGAAUGAAUUAUUUCUAUGUCA